GGUCCUGGGCAUGGCACCUCCUCCUCGGCCCAGCGCUGGGGAGUGCCAAGGAGCGUCCCCAAUCCGCCACCUCCAGCCGGGGAGCAGUGGGGAGAGAGGACCCCCCCUCUCUCUGCCUGUCUAUCGGGAUCAAAGCCAGGGGCCCACCCCGACUGUCUGUGCGUCUGUCCCAGGAACCGCUCGCCGGCUAACGGCCCGUGGCUCUCUCCCUAGGGGUCCUGCUUCCAGUCGUCCAGGCGGGAGAAAUACGGCAACGUCUUCAAGACUCACUUGCUGGGGCGCCCCUUGAUCCGGGUGACCGGCGCCGAGCACGUGCGGAAGAUCCUGAUGGGGGAGCACCACCUGGUGAGCACCGAGUGGCCCCGGAGCACCCGGAUGCUCCUAGGACCCAACACGGUGGCCAACUCCAUCGGGGACAUCCACAGGCACAAGAGGAAGGUAUUCUCCAAAAUCUUCAGCCACGAAGCCCUGGAGAGCUACCUCCCGAAGAUCCAGCUGGUGAUCCAGGAUACGCUCCGGAUGUGGAGCAGCAAUCCCGAACCCAUCAAUGUCUAUUACGAGUCUCAGAAGCUCACCUUCCGCAUGGCCAUCCGCGUCCUGCUGGGCUUCUGCAUCUCUGACGAGGAGCUCACCCGACUCUUCGAGGUCUACCAGCAGUUCGUGGAGAACGUCUUCUCGCUGCCCGUGGACCUGCCCUUCAGUGGCUACAGGAGGGGAAUCCGAGCACGGGAGACACUGCAGAAGGGGCUGGAGAAAGCCAUCCGGGAGAAGCUGCAGAACACGCAGGGCAAGGACUACUCCGACGCCCUGGACAUCCUGAUCGAAAGCGGCAAGGAGCACGGCAAAGAGCUGACCAUGCAGGAGCUGAAGGAUGGCACCUUGGAGCUGAUCUUUGCAGCCUACGCGACCACGGCCAGCGCCAGCACCUCUCUGGUCAUGCAGCUGCUGAAGCAUCCCGGCGUGCUGGAGAAGCUCCGGGAAGAGCUCCGCAGCCAAGGAAUCUUGCACAACGGCUGCCUCACCAGCAGCAGCCUCCACUACCUGGACUGCGUGAUCAAGGAAGUGCUCCGGCUCUUCACCCCCAUCUCCGGCGGGUACCGGACGGUGCUGCAGACCUUCGAGCUGGACGGCUUUCAAAUUCCCAAAGGCUGGAGCGUCAUGUACAGCAUCCGGGACACGCACGACACCGCGCCCGUGUUCAAGGACGUGGACGUCUUUGACCCCGAUCGCUUUGGGCAAGACCGCACCGAAGACAAAGACGGCAGGUUCCACUACCUCCCCUUUGGCGGGGGUGUACGGACCUGUCUCGGCAAACACCUGGCCAAGCUUUUCCUGAAGGCGCUCGCCAUCGAGCUGGCCAGCACGAGCCGGUUCGAGCUAGCCACCAGGACUUUCCCGAGAAUCACGCUGGUCCCGGUGGUCCACCCCGUCGAUGGACUCAAGGUCAAAUUCUUUGGACUGGAUUCCAACCAGAACGAGAUCCUGACAGAGACAGAAACCAUGCUGGGGGCGACGGUGUAAGCUGACUUUUCCUUCGCCGGGGGAGGGCCAAUGGGGGUGGGAAAAGGGACGGAAUGACAGGAGGAAACAGGAGAAGAGGUGUCUCCACCACAGUAACCUCGCAGAACCUCCCGUUCGAGACUUUCUCCCACAGCCAAGCUGCCAAAACCAUUGUUAUUCCUGUGGGGAAAGUACCAGGGGAUUCGCAGGUUUGGUUUUGUCUUCAAAAGGAGGAAUUUCAAACACUAGGAGAGCUGGGACGGCUUGACCAUACACAGUAUAUAAAUAUUCUGUAUCUAGGUAAAGCGUUCUGCUGCAGGAAAGGUGGCAGAGGAUGCCUGUUCUAGGAAAAGCAUUUGAAAUUCGCUCGCCAUCAGAGGUCUCGCUGCCCCAUGCACCUCCGCGGAACCCGGCCAGGAGGGGAUAGCAAGAUCUGACGGCAGGCAGCUACCUCUGGUGGCCUUUGCUCUUUUGGAACAGUGUUACGUUAGUUGGUGAUAAGUGUUUGGGGUUGUUUGCUUUCUUUGGAGAGAACGAUGAACCGGUUUUUCCCCUCCCUCCCCCUCGCGAUCCCUAAACCCUUCUAAGCGCUUUGCAAUUCUGAGGCGUCUCUCGACAGCAUCUGGGGAAGAGAACGCCAUGUUCCGGUGACCGCGGCCCCUGCCCGUCAAUGCUGGGACGUGCAUUCUGGGGAACCGCACGCACGCGAAACCUGGCACCAGUUUGGCUUCCGGCGCGACCGCUGGGGCCGCUGCAAGGACCACUGGGCUGCUAACGGCGGCGAGGCCGGCCGGAUGUGGCGUUCUGUUCUGCCUGUGCUUAACAAAGCCAUUCGAUCUGUACCGGGGGACAAGGAAUGGUCAUGUUCUGCCCUCUGAUGGGAGUUUCUCCUGCGCUCCAGUGCGGGCUGAUCUCACUUCAGAGGGCAGGACUGGAGUCUCCGACGCGGACAUUUUUGAAAUUGCCUGCUGCUGCUACAUGGCAUGUGCUUAACUGUUCUUUCCCUCACCCCGUCUGGUCCCUCCCAAUCCCAGAGUUUCGCAGUGAGCUGUGUUAUUUUUGCCUUCUCUCCGGAUCCCUCGGUGUGUGCACUGAACUCUGAACCACAUGGAUUUCAUAAACUGUCCUGGGGUGCUGCUAAGGAACGUGGUUCUGGUCAGGCAGAUCUUUUCACGCCACAGCUGCGGAACUCGUGGCCAGCCACACCCACAGCUGCCACGGUCCCCUGUCCCCCGAGGGACCAUUAAAGAGUUGGUGGUGAGAAGAAGGCUUCUUCUGAGCUAACCUUUCCCCCUGCCAUAAGAAGCUCUUCUGGGAGUGUUUGUCACGGCACGUGACCUGUCAGGGAUGCAACCCCUUAUGACAGUCGCCAGGAUCCGUGCAUGCCGCCCGAACUUGAAGCAGGAGUGUUCCUCCGAAAUGGGGUUGCCAGAGUAGUUGCCUGGCAACUACUCUGAAAUCAAGCGAGGCCUGUAGAGAAGUGUUUGGAUCCUCAGCAUUCAGGCAUGUCUGGAUCUAGCGUUUUGGUGCAGGUCCAUCUUGAAUUUAAAAAAGCUCCUGGUCUGAAUGUUUAGUUUCCAGAGAUGCUGAGCACACCCUGUUCCUGCUUCAGCUUCUGCCCUCAGUCAUCAGCAGCCUCUCCUGCGUGCCUAGUGGCGGGGCGUGUGUUUGGCAGCUGGCAAACUACAUUUACCGCAGCUGCUUUGCAGCAGCCAUGGUCAAUGACUGGCAGUCUCAGGGAAGAGAAAUCUCUCGCAAUUGUCCAAGUCAGGCACGCUGUCCAUCUGAGCUGCAAGCACUGACUUCUUACAGACCUGGCAGUACACUCACCCUAGUCUCGGGUAGAUUUGCUGUAACAGGGGCAUCUCAAACCGUGCGUCAGGCAGAAAAGGAGAGACACAAGCGCCAGACAGAACUACCCACUCGACUUGAGUGGCAAUGAGACGGUUGUGGGUGGACCGCUUGUUUCUGCCUGUCUUUGUCAGGAUAAAACUGAGGAGCUGAAAUCUGAUGGUUGGCAGGCGUAGCUUUUGAAACAGGGAUGAAUCGGUGGAAGGCUCCGAGGCAGUGCUGAGCUGAAAGAUGCUGAAGGUUUUAGCUAGUCAUUCACCCGUCCAGGAUCAAUAGACUUUGGCGGUUGCUUAGAAGGGGAGGCACUAAAGAUGUAAUUAUCCCUUUAACCGUGCUGCCAGAAAUCCUGUUAGAAGUUCAUGGACGGAAAAACGUAUGCACGUAAGCUUCUGGGAGUGUGUGUGAUGGGGGUUAACGUGGUUGUUUCUGAGGCUUGCUGCUCUAUAAUCUCUCUGUGGCUAUGUCACAGAAGGUUUUGAUUUUAACAGGGAUUGGUCUGAACUGAGACUCUGUAUCUUCUGAACACCGAAGUUCAGAUCCAGGUUGGGAUGUGGCAGCUGGCCCGUAAUCUCUACGGUUGUCGGAACCAUAACGCAGAUCGAAAUCCUCCCUAGCGAAGGGUGAAUCAGGCCCGCACCCCACACUCAGAAAGGUUGUGAUCCAAAUGUGGGUCUUCACCCUCCUCGGGUCUCUCUUUCCAUGGAAACUUCACAAGCUCAGGCUUUCUUGUGAAAUGGCUGGCGUUCCCUGUCCCAGGUAGAAAGGUAUCUAUCAAUGGAUCUCCACAUAUUUCUCAAUGGGCUCAAGUUGCAGUGGGGGAGGUCUAGGUUGGAUAUUAGGAAAAACGAUUUUCCGAGGGGGAAAGCACUGGGAUGCGUUGCCUAGGGGGAGGGUGGAAUCUCCAGUCCUGGUGGUUUUUUAGGCCUGGGUCUGCUUUGAGCGGGAGAUUGGACUAGGGGACCUCUGGAUCAGCCCUAAUUGAUGAUUUCGUGGUGAUCCACAGAAUUAAACAUUUUGAGAAUCGUGGAGAAGAGAGCAUGGGGAAUGGAGGUGGUCCAUAGGAUAAAAAUUAGCUCGAGAACCACUGUCUUUGUAUGUCAUACCCAGUUUUCAGGCUUUGAUAAAUUCUGUUUUCAAGCUGUCUGUAAAAGCCACUUACAACCCCACAAUCAUUCUGAAAACAUGAGUUGGUGGGGACACAGAGGACAAGGGAAGGAGAAGAGGACAACUGAAAAAAGUAGUGUGUGUUGGGGGGCAGGGGGAGUUUUUCCAUUGACUUCAACUGACUUCAGAUCAAAUCCCAUCAAAUAACCAUUAGCAAAAUGUUUUCUGAGAUAUGUUUAGAAGGGCAUUGUACUCACAGAAGAUCAGUAAAGGGAUUCAUUAAAAAAAAUUCAUUACAAAAUAAAAACCAAACCAGACAGAGAUAAAUGUAAGAUGCAUACAUCUAUCUAUUUUAUAUAUAUAUAUCUAUAUAUAUAUAUAUUUGUGUGUGUGUAUGUGUUUCUUAUCUAAACAUAAAUAGAUCAUGCUUUUGAUUUACCAUUCCUAACUAAUAUAACUUGACUAAAAAAAGUUGCUGCAGUGGAUUUGCAGAAUAAAGCACUUUGAAUCUCAGAAUUUUUUUUUCCUAGCACAGUCCAAUUCGCUAUAUUAUUAUUUUAUACACAAAUUUUUUUGGUCUGUCUUUAUAAACUAUUAUAAGUACUAUUUUUGUUAUAAUUCAAAAUAGAUAUUUAGUAUAAAAGUUUUGCUGUUAAAUAUUUGUUAUUUAGUAAAAUAUGAAUUUUUUUCUCUUUAUUGUAAACUUUGUCUGGAAAAAAUAUUAAUAUGUUUUAUCGCAGUUGUUUUUAAUCUUUAAAAAAAGCACUUGGGGGGUAUUUUUGGUUAUGAAAUUGGUGCCGUGUGAACAUGUGUUUCAGUCAUGUGGUUUUUUAAUGUGUAUAUAAUAUUAUGUGUCACAUAUUAAAAUGGAUGUUGUGUAUUUUGUGAUCUUAAAAAAAUAAUCGAUGUGGAUAUUUUAUAGACUUCCAUAAUAAAAGAGUUGAAUCU